UUUUUCUCGUGUUCCAAAUCCGUGGAAUCCCAAAUCUGGCGAUUUCCUCUCGUGCGCCUGGUUCGGCCGUCGGGGCAAAAGUCGAGCCCGCGGGGAUUUUCGAAAACCUCCCCAAAUCUCUCUCCUCCCUCCUCUCCCCUCUCCUCCCACCGCCACGGAUCCCGCACCCGCGUCUAGAAGCUUCUGGAUCCUUCCCCCAGGCGCGGAUGGAGAAGGUCCACGACAUGAUCUACGAGAAGUACAACGCUCUCAAGAAGCGGAAGCUGGUCGACGAGGUGCUGGAGCCGAAGCGGGAGGCGGAGCUCAAGGAGUUUUACGAUGCCAUGAAGGAAUGGGUCAGCGACCUCCAGAAAGAGAAAGAGGAGCUCUACGAGAAGCUGGGGGACAAGCAGGAUCAGCUUGAGAAGGCCCGUAUGGAUUAUCUUGAAGAUAUUCGCGCAAAGGACAAUGAAAUUCUGAGGCUUAAGCUUCUCUUGGCUGAGAAGAUUGACAAAAACAAUUCUACAGCUACUGUGUCUCUGAACAGAACGCCUGAAGCUAUCCCAGAAAAUUCAACUCCAAUUUUGCCUGCAAAGAAGACACCACAGUCAAACAGCAAGGCAAAGAGAGUACGAUUAAGUGAAAAAGCUAUUCUUCCUUGCAUUAGCUCUGAGGAGGAAGCUCGAAAGCAAGAAUGCUCUAGAAGGCAUACAUGCAUCUCAGGGAAUGGGGCAAAUGAAUGUCCCAGUCUUCAUAUGUUACAUUUGCUCCUUGAAUCUUUAGUUCGCUUGAAGAUCUCAUUAAAUAAUGACACAGAAAGAUUUUCGGUUUCAGUCUCCCAUGAAGCUACCGGUUACAGUUUCACUCUCACAUGGUUAGAGCAACCUGGCGGUGGUGAAUGGUCAUACAAGCACACUCAAUUGGGCACCCUGGAUAGGAUAGCCGUGGAUUGGAUGAGGCAAGACAUAAGAUUUAGCAUGAACAUGUGCCGUCUCUUCUUUGAGCGGAUAUCAAACAUCAUCACAAAAGGCUGAAAGCUUGCUGCUUUCAAAUUGCCUACUGAACUGGAAGCAACCGGAUGUAAAAAUGACUGACAGACUCUCGUAGCAGAACUGCCUGUAUUCUUGUUUC